GGUUGUCCGCCAUUAUUCCGGUGAUGUGUAAACAAUCACGUAAAUUUUAUUUAUGAAGUUUUCUCAAUUAUGAUGAGUUGAAUUUUAAAUUCGUUUUCAAACCGUGAAAUAUGAUUGAGUUCUGUACCAAGCGACGGAUGGUAGGAACGAUUCUGCUUUUAACAAGUGUGUCAGUUAUGAUGUUAUUUUUUGAAAACAGAUGGUCAAGUCAGCAUAAGCUGAAAAAAGCCAAAUUAGCAGCAAAAGCCUUAACAAAUGCAAGUUGCAAUCCUGGAACAGUAACAGUUAUAGAACCUUGUAAAAUCUGUCCUAGAGAUGAAAAUAGAAAAGAAUUAUCAUUCUGUAAACAAACAGGUUAUAAAGAAUUUGUCCAAUGUAGUAAUGGAAAACAAAUAUUCAGAGGUUGUGAUAUAGUUCCUGCAGUGGAACAAAAGACAUUUUAUAUAUUUGAAAGUAUUUGUACGGUGAUAGCAGUAAUAUCCUAUACAGUUGUACGACAUCGGCGAAAACAUCUCGAUAGACUUGUAGCUGAUAAAAUAAAUAAACAGAUAGCUUCAGGAUUAUGAUGUAAAGUGUGUCGGUUACCUGUGGUUUAUUAAUGGCUUUGUGUAAAUAAAACUAUGUAUUGUUCUCUCAUGGAAAUAACAAACUUGAGCAUAGUUCACAGCCAUUUUGAAUCUCUUUCUCGUCUUAAUAAUUAGAAUUUGCAAAAUAUUUCAACAAAAUCUUAAAAUAAUAUUUAAAGCCAUAUUUAAAGCUUAAAAUGCAAGGCUUAGUUGAAAUAUAAUAACCUUAUAACAAAAAUAAUCUGAUUAUGACACGUGUAAAUUUUGUUGAAACGUUAUGUGCUUUGUUAUUAAAGAAGUGAGUUAUACCAUAAUAUACCCCUUGUGUUUUUUGUUAUAUCUACUCUCUACUUCUAAAUGUCAUUCAAAUCUUAAACCUUAACCUUUAUCUAAAUUUGACUUAUUAAGUCGAGGAAGGGAUUCAAAAUGGCUGUGAACUACGUUCGUUCGUGUGUUAUUUUCAUGUAAGAACCAUAUAUAGUGUUUUAUAUGCAGCUUGGUUAUAUACUGGUUGAUAAAUAAUUUCACCUCAUCUUAAAAAUAUAUUGUCAUAUUGUGGAUUAUUAUCAGGAUAUACCAUCAAAUUUUUGUCCAGAUAAGAACAUUUACACAAUUUCAACAAAUAACUUUGUUGUUGUUUUGACUAAUGAGACAUUAGUCUCAGAAACGGAAAGCUUUUAGCCAAGUCAGUAAGUAAUAGUGUUCACAACUCACCAUCGAAAUGUGAGUCUAUAAAUCCAUGUGUGUCCAGAAUUAUCUGCGUUUGAAAGAUAAAAAGACGAUGUAAAGAUAUAGGAAAAGAAAUUCCUAGAUUGAGUGAGAUAUUUUUGAAGGAAUUGUGUAAUUUUUUGUACAUUUCUAGUACUUCUGAAGACUAUUUAGAUAUAUUCAAGACUCAAAUCAAAAUGGCACAACUGUCCCUUUAACAGUUGAGACACUUGAGGUAUUUGGAAGGAAUUAUGUGGUUUUCUAAACUGGUCUCUAUUUGACAUGGAAAUUUGGAUGGAGUUUUAGUCUUUACUGUUCUGGAAUGAUAUAAGCUUACUAAUGCUAUAGGAAUACCACUGUGUUAAAACACAAGAUGUUAUUGUCUCUUAAAGUGAAACUAGAAUUAUUGAAAUGUGGAUAUUAAGAAUAUUUUUAGCAACGUAAUGGUAUAGCAUGGUAGGCUUACAUUAUUGAUUUUUCGUCUGUGAAGCAUUUAAUUGAAAAAUUACUUUUUACUUUGUUUAUACAAUAGAAUG